GUGUUGUGUUAAUUGGAAUAGUUUUGUUGAUAAACUUUGAGUUUUAAUAGAUAAUAAUUUUAUACACUUUGUAAUAAGUAAAAUAAAAUUCAGACUGAUAUAGUAUUUAUAUUAUAAAGAUCAAUUAAUUCAAAAUGUUAGCUGAUGUUGAUGUUUUUAUCAGUAAUUAUACAUUAGUAGAUCCAGAAAUCUAUCAACUAUUCAUAGAAGGAUUUUCCUGUUAGUAAAAAGUCGCGUAAUGAUAUUGCUAGUGAAGCAGUAUGCUAUAUGAAGCAGAAAGGUUUUGUUCAGUUUUUGGGCGCUCCAAUUGAUCUUAUUGCAUCUGAUAUUUUGGACCAUUACCGCACUUAUUCUUUAAUUGAACGUCUCUUACAUGCACCAACAAAACUUUUAGAACAAUCAUGUUUUCAAUUAGAACCCAAUACAAGAGAUUUUAUUAUUGAAAAGUAUUACUCCAUUGACGAUGCUGUGGCUCGUGAAAUAUUAGGCAAAAAACUAUCAUCACGGUAUCGUAAAGAUUUGGAUGAGGUCGCGGAGAAAACUGGUGCAAAACUGAAAUCCUGCAGACGUCAGUUUGAUAACGUAAAAAGGAUUUUCAAAAUUGUAGAAGAAUUACCUGGAAAUAUUACUAAUAAUAUAAAACAGCAUUUUAAUAUAUCAGACGAACUUGCUAAGAAAUACGCAACAAUUGUGUUUUUAGCAUGUUUACGUUUUGAAACAUCAAAAAAGAAACUGCAAUAUUUAACGUUUGCAGAUUUGUUUGCAUGUUCCCAAGCGAUUAUGAUUUAUUGGACGUACACUUAUCAACAUACUGGACCAGAAUACUAUGAUACCGAAAUGGAUAAAGAAUUUCUAUUGGACUUAAGGGAGUUAAGAUGUUUGCUGGACAAAGAAAAAGAAAUUAAACAUCUUGUAUGUAUGCGUUUGAAACCUGUUUUAUUGGAGAGAUCAUUUCACGAAUUGGAUGCAAAUUUUCGCUCAUAUUGGCGUGCUCUCAUCACGAUCGCGUGUAAUCUACAUAGGACUCGAGAACUUAGAGAUUUGUUUUUGGAUUUAUGUGAAAAACUUGUUGAACCAUGGCGACAAAAUGGUUGGACUCGAGAACAAGUCAAUAAAUUUUUAUCCGCUAUUACACAAGGUGUUUUAGAUCUGGAAAUAUCUAGGGAUCAAGAAACUCGGUGUCUUUGGGAUCGAUACAUGCAGGUUAUAAGCAUUUGUUUGGAUAAAAUGUAUCAUAUAUAAAAUAUAUGAUAAAAAAAAUGUUGUUUUGUGUUUGUGUUUAUUAAAGACUAUAUUGUUGCAAUUUUUAAAAAAAUCAUUCUUCCAUAUAAUAAAUAAAUUUCAUAUCAGUGG